ACGAAUUUCUAUAGCUUUGUAUUUACCUUGGAGGCCACACAGCAAAAAAAUACAAGCUACUGUGUUGACUACAUAACACCGCACAAUAGGUAACAAACCAAUGAAUUGAAAAUCCCUGUUUUAAUCUUCAAAAUGCACAUAAAACGCACUGGCGUGUUUAAGCAGCAUUGAUUGUACAACAGAAAGCGAGUAGUAGUGAUAUUGUAUACAAAGAGAACCCUUGCUCUCUAAUGUUAUGAUUGCUUGGUUCAUUCAUCGGAUGUAAAGACUGAAAACAUGGGGGUUUGCGACAAAUUGUUUUCGCGGUCUCCUCGUCCAAAUAUUAGGCCAAACCCCAUAACCCCCAGACAUAAUGUGUCAAGCACACAUUUUCUGUAAUACACAUUUUCUGUAUUACACCUAACUUGAGAUCUUUUAAACACCCAGCGCUUCCCGAAGAAUAACUGCUGUGUUACUACUGUUCACGGUUGACAGGUAAGUGACAAAAAACGAUGCAAAUGUGACAGUUUCUAAGUUUACAAAUUCCUCUCGGGAUAUUUGUGUUGUCACAAAGAGUAAACAGAGCGAGCGAGAGCACUAGAAAAGGGAAUAAACAUUAUAUUAGUGUUAAUCAGGGGAGAACGUCACAAUUGCAUAUUACCGCAUCAGUCCAAGGCAACGCCAAAUUCUCUGUUGAUUUAACGUUAUGAAAUCGUAAAUGUAACCAUUUGUGGUGGUCGGUCACAAAGACACACUUGGUCGUCAAUAGGGCUCUCUUGACCCCUGUGGCCUCUUCUGUUAUGAACAGAACUUGGGACUGAAGAUAAAAAGAUAUUACGACUGCUGGGUAUAAUAUUUGUACAGAUGUGAACCGUAUGACGACCUGUUUAUAGCCGUUUCGUCACUCGGUACGCGUAAAAAUAUUCUGAUUUGGCUCACACACAGAUUAAUCGAUCAUAUAAAAUAGGCAUCGUUGUACUCUCCCUUCCUAGAAACCUGUAGGCAAUAUUUUUCACCCACGGCCUGUAACCCUGGAUGCCAAACAGGGCCUACUCCGUCUUCUUGAUAUAUACGGACUUUAAUACCUAACCAUGGACGAACCAGCUCAUCAUGCACACAGAUACGGGCACCAGCUCCUUAAAAUUGCUACCCACUGGUCGUCAGAGUCGUGCCAAACGACCUCGGCCAAAAAUAAAUGGGAAGAAAAAAAACUGACUCGAAACACGAAACACCUUGACGCUGAACGAAAAACCUGCUUAAGACUUAUUGAAGGUCAGAAAAACGCCUUGAAAAAGCACCUGUCCGACCUUCACCAUCGUCGGACGCAGAUUGCACAUUACACCGACGACAACUCCGACAUGAUGCUCGACAGCUUAAGGAAGAUGCCUAAACAGUUGUAUGCAAAUAUUUUUCUUAGUCAAAGACGUUCUUGUGAGUAUCUUAGCGAAGCAUCUUACUUAGAAGAUGACAUGACGUCUGCUGAAGAUGCAUCUUCCAGUUGGAAAGAUCGCAGAAGUUUGUCCGACGCGACAUUAGAGCUUAACGAUACAAGGGCAUCUGGGGAUGAAACCGAUUCCCAAAAAGUUCGCCCUUUAACAGUCCCUUCUCUACAAAAUCAGGGAGACGAUUUCGAAUUACCAGAUGUGAGGAGAGACUCAAAUAUUGUCCGAUCUACUUCACACGAAAUCAUCUCAAAAGAAAACGACGAGGAUUCUACUCAUGACGUGGACGACGCAACAACAAUUCUUCAUCACAGCCCUACAAUGAGACCUCGUGCAUAUUCUGAGUCGGUAAAACACAGAAUUAGACGCCGAAGUUUUAUUUUCCCGGAUUCGCCUUCUUCGGCCCUUUUUAAGCGUUCUCCAUCGCACAGCAGCAACGAAUCGCUGGGAUCGGCAGAGGACGUGAAAUCAGUUGGAGCGCGGCUAGGCCGGAGAAGGUUUACUGUGAGCCCGCUCGUGGGGGAUAUGACGCCCCAAUCUUCCCCAUCCCCAGGUAGCAGCCCUCCCAGGGGUCAUAUUCACCCACCUGUCACACUGAUGUCUAAAACUACUGGACAGUGUCCUCAGAUACAACGCACGCGUUCAGCAGCUAAACACAACCCCCAGGCGCUGAAGACGGAAGAUGGUGAUAAGUAUCACCUUGAUCAAACCAGUCACAAUGUCAGCAGCAGCAGGUUUUACGUGAAUACUAGUGCUAAGGUACAACCAAGAAGGCUUUUGAGUAGAGAGACAGAAGAAAAGAAUGUCAUGCAAGGCCAGCGAGAGAAACACCACGAUAAACCUUGUGGCGAUAAAGAAAAACGCGGACAGCUCUCUCCCGAUGUAAAUAAUACGCCUCGAAAAAACUCCCUUAGCGCUGACUCUGAAAAAGAAAACUCCACUCCACUGAGGAGAAAUUCAUUCAGUUCAUUUAAACAUUACAAAAGACAUUCAACUGCCUCGGUGUCAUCCGCCAAAGAAAAACAGACCAAUUCAAAGUCUACAGACAUUCAAAAGCUGGCCGUACAUUUUAACCGCGAACGUCGGCUCUCUCUGCCAAGUGUGAUAAGGCAGACGAUAGCCCAAAAACGAUUUCUGGAAAAGCAACCAUCCCAGAAAAAUUCCGAAUCCGGGAACAAUGCAGUGUCUUAUGCGACUCCGCCUGCAUUAAUUAUCCCUACCAUAGUGCUUCACUUGGUGGCAGACGACCCCCCAGAAGAGGCGGGAAACUAUGGCGACCCUCACAGCAUCUUUAUGCAAGGCACGCCCGGUGUAUAUUAACAAUUAUACGUGUGUAGAUAUUGGGGCGUGAAUAACAUGUAAUGCAAUUAGAUUAAAUCUCGAAAUGGCCUAGUGUGAAAGAAUGGAAGUUUCUAUCUUGUUCAUGUGUUGUUAUUUGCUUUGGCAUUCACUUAUUGUAAUAUUGAACGAUUACAAAAAUAUUAUGCAUGUUUUAUUGUGAAAUGCAUAGCGUUAGGUUUCUUUCUCGGUCUUGAAAUCAAUGCCUGUGUCAAAAUGUAAAUUAUUCUCAUUUACUUUCAAUUGUCACGUAC